AUGGUAACAACGCUGAGUCCUCUAUUUCACAUGGACGUCAACUCAUUUCCAAUCAAGGUUCUCCUGGUGGUGCUAAGGGUCCUUCGUGCCCAGCUGGUACUAAUUGUCCUGCUGCUCCUCCCGCGGCUAACACCACAACCAAAGGAACUGGCCUUAACUACACCACAGGAACUGACCUCAAGUACAACAAAAGAGCCUGAAACUGGUGGAGCUGAUAAUACAAAUGCUGAGAAUGCCAAUAUACCCAAUAAUGAUGAGGAAUCAAACUCAACCAUCACCACCACUACAACAACAACACUUUCUCCUGAACUCACAAACAACAAGAAGGGUGAUGCAGACAGCAGCAGCAGUAUCAGCAGUUCUGUGUGGGUGCGUGUGCCACUACUGAUUGUGGUUACACUGGCCUGUAUUCUUGUGUGCUGUUUGUGGUGCUGUGGUGUGACUCAGGUCAUCCUUUGUUUUCUUUUUCUCUUUUUUGCAUACAUCCCUACAGUCUAA